UCCUCUGUCUGUGAGAUCUGGACCAACCAGAAUGCAGGAUAUCCUUUCUCAUCGAUUCAUCAGGUUCAUAAUACAGGAGACUGGGGAGAGCCUUCAAUUACCUUGCGACCUCCAAAUGAAGCCACAGCAUCAACGCCUGUACAGUAUUGGCAGCAUCAUCCAGAGAAACUCAUCUUUCAGUCAUGCGAUUAUAAAGCAUUUUAUUUAGGUUCUAUGCUGGUGAAAGAGUUAAGAGGCACAGAGUCGACACAGGAUGCGUGUGCAAAGAUGAGGAAGUCUACAGAACAAAUGAAGAAAGUACCAACCAUUGUCCUGUCUGUCUCUUACAAGGGAGUCAAAUUUAUUGAUGCAACAAAUAAGAAUAUUAUUGCUGAACAUGAAAUCCGUAACAUUUCCUGUGCUGCACAAGACCCUGAAGACCUUUCUACAUUUGCGUACAUCACUAAAGACUUGAAGACUAAUCACCACUACUGCCAUGUAUUCACUGCGUUUGAUGUGAAUUUAGCUUACGAAAUCAUUCUUACGCUAGGACAAGCUUUUGAGGUGGCCUACCAGCUUGCACUACAAGCACGAAAAGGAGGCCAUUCUUCAACCCUCCCAGAAAGCUUUGAAAAUAAACCCUCCAAGCCUAUUCCCAAACCACGCGUUAGUAUUCGGAAGUCAGUGAUAGAUCCGUCUGAACAAAAGACUCUUGCGAAUCUACCGUGGAUUGUUGAACCUGGACAAGAGGCCAAACGAGGCAUUAAUACCAAGUAUGAAACUACCAUUUUCUGAUACAAAACUGUCCCCCUGUUCCUUGUUGUGCCUUGCACGCCAAGCAGUCACAGCACAGCCUUUCCUUUAUGGCAACGUUUCAAUCCAGCAGAGAGGAAGACUGCACUGAGUGGCCUUGUAACUAACAAAAAAGGCUGACAGUCAUCUCUGGUGAUCUUCUUCCUGCAGCACUGACAGAAGAAUGACACUAAAUGAAGACUUUUAAAAUUACAGUCCACAAGAGGAGUGAGAAACCUUAUUUUUCAAACAGUCUCCCUUGUGACUCUGCCACAGUGCUUUCUUCGAUUUCUUACUUCAGAAUUCUACUUUUUAAAAAAGAAAAAAGAAAAAACACAACACAACAAAAGGUCUCUAAACUAACACUAAUGCUGCCUAUGAGUAGAAUAUUUGAUUGGUUUUUUAUUUAAAUCUUGGCAGUUUUUAAUUGAAACAGAAUCAGAAUUAAUAAAUAGAGUAUUUGUGAAACCACUGAAUUCAUUGAUAAUUACUGUGUUUAAUAAAGAACUCAUUAAAGUGAUAAGAAAUAAGGCACCCUGAUUUCUGUGUGCACUGGUUUUAUAUGUAAUCAUUGGUGUCCUUUGAUCCUCUACAGAAGCGGGAACCUCUUGCAUUGUAACAAAGGACCAGGGUUUUGUGAAUGGUUAGAAAAAGGUAUUAAUAAUGCACAGAAAACAUUUAUUAGAUAUUUUUAUGGAAGAGAAGUACUAUAGGAAAACAUAUGAGUAUUUAUGGAAGGAAGCCAGAUUAAUUAUGACAAAUAUUGUUUAUUUUAAAGUUACGUAAGCCACUGCUAUUGCAGCAUUAUGAAAAUGACAAGAGUUGUAGCAUCAGUGCACUGGAUGUUUCGUAGGAUCAGUCUGGAAUGAAAGCAGAAUGGCUAUUCUACUACACCUACAUAUACUUUAUGCAGUUCAACAUUGCUAUAGCCAUGAAUUCUACUAGUCUACUUUUUAAAAAAUAAUCUCAGUGGUUCUAAAAAAAGUCAAAAACAUAGAUUUUGCUAUCAAGAUUUCUGCCACAGAAAGCGUGUUUGGAGGAGUAUCAAUAAAAUUGUACCGCAAAACAUUUUCUAAAUAAAAAGAGCGAGAAAAAGAAAAAAAUUCCAAAGUAAUAAAAAAUGUUUUCAUGGAACAAAAUAGUUAAGCAUUUGCUUAAUAUUUGAUUAAAUAAGAUUUACUUACGUUUUCUUUGAAGUGUUUUAAUUUUUUUAAUGUCUGUGGAGUAUUUGUAUAAUACCAUGAUGUAUAUUUAUGUAGAACUGAAAUUAUAACAAUACAAAUAUCACUAUAGGAGAAAAAUGACAUUUUAACGUAUAUUGUUCUAUCCAGUCAAAUUGUGAAUCAUUUUGAAGUUCAUUAUAGAGAUAUUGAUAAA